UUUCUCGUUAUAUUAACCUCAUCUCCAAAGGCCUCGGCCGGCCCCAUCCCUACUUCCACAGAGGCCUCGGCGGCCGUACCUCGCUCCCUUCUCGUCCCUCGUCCAUCAGGUUCCAAGCAUGUCUGAUCUACAAGCACCUUUGCGACCCAAAAGGAAGAAAGUUUUGGUGGACUAUCUGGUCCAGUUCCGAUGGAUUGUUGUCAUUUUUGUUGUGCUUCCAGCCUCUUGCUUUAUCUACUUCAAAUUAUUUCUAGGUGAUGUGAAAUCUGCUAUGAAAUCAGAAAAGCGUCGCCAGAAGGAACACGAGGAGAAUGUUAAGAAAGUUGUGAAUCGCCUCAAGCAGAGAGAUCCCAAGAAAGAUGGUCUUGUGUGCACGGCCAGGAAACCAUAUAUUGCUGUUGGCAUGCGCAAUGUUGAUUAUAAACGUGUACGACACUUUGAAGUUGAUCUCUCGGCAUUUAGAAACAUUAUUGAGGUUGAUAAAGAGCGAAUGGUUGCUAAGGUGGAGCCUCUUGUUAAUAUGGGUCAGAUAACUAGAUAUACAGUUCCUAUGAACCUUGCACUUGCGGUAGUUGCCGAACUUGAUGAUCUCACUGUAGGUGGACUUAUUAAUGGUUAUGGAAUCGAGGGGAGCUCACACAUUUAUGGGCUCUUUUCUGACACAGUUGUUGCCAUGGAAGUUGUUCUUGCUGAUGGCCGAGUUGUGAGGUGUACAAAGGACAACGAGUACUCUGACCUUUUCUAUGGGAUUCCUUGGUCUCAAGGAACUCUGGGUCUCCUAGUUUCUGCAGAGAUAAAACUAAUUCCCAUUAAGGAAUAUAUGAGGCUUACCUAUAGCCCCUACAGGGGAACCCUGAAGGAACUUGCACAGGCUUACGCUGAUUCUUUUGCACCCAGAGAUGGGGAUCCGUCAAAAGUUCCAGAUUUUGUCGAGGGAAUGAUCUACACUCCAACCGAGGCUGUGCACAUGACUGGUAGGUAUGCCUCCAAGGAAGAAGCAAAGAAGAAGGGCAAUGUCAUCAACAAUGUAGGGUGGUGGUUUAAACCUUGGUUUUAUCAGCAUGCACAGACGGCACUCAAGAGGGGCGAGUUUGUGGAGUACAUUCCCACCCGAGAGUAUUACCAUAGGCACACAAGGUGUUUGUAUUGGGAAGGCAAGUUGAUUCUGCCAUUCGGAGACCAAUGGUGGUUCAGAUGGCUUUUGGGCUGGAUGAUGCCACCAAAGGUUUCUUUGCUUAAGGCCACACAGGGUGAAGCAAUCAGAAACUAUUACCAUGAGAUGCAUGUGAUCCAGGAUCUCUUGGUUCCUCUCUACAAAGUUGGGGAGGCUCUCGAGUAUUGUCAUCAUGAAAUGGAGGUUUAUCCAAUAUGGCUAUGUCCCCAUCGAUUGUUUAAGCUUCCCGUGAAAACGAUGGUGUACCCAGAGCCAGGCUUCGAGCAUCAUCACCGCCAGGGGGACACGAGCUAUGCCCAAAUGUUCACAGACAUCGGUGUGUACUAUGCCCCGGGUCCUGUGUUUAGGGGUGAGGAGUUCAAUGGUGCCAAAGCAGUCCGCAAUCUUGAAGAGUGGCUGAUCCAGAACCAUAGUUUCCAGCCUCAGUAUGCCGUAUCUGAGCUCACCGAGAAGAACUUUUGGCGGAUGUUCGAUGGGUCACACUAUGAGCACUGCCGUCAGAAGUAUGGUGCAGUCGGGACUUUUAUGAGUGUGUACUACAAGUCCAAGAAAGGAAAGAAGACAGAGAAGGAGGUGCAGGAUGCCGAGUCCGAGAUCCUUGAACCGGCAUAUGCUGAAGAAGCUUAGCCUGACUCUAACUUGGAGGUGUUAAGAGUUAGUACGACCCGAUGUGUCUCUCUGAACUUUCCAUGUGUGUGACCACUGAAGUGCUUGGUUGUUUGCUGCUCUACUGUUUCUUCGAGUUGAACUUGUGGUGAACUCUUAGGUUAUGCCCAUGUUCGUCUGUACUGUCUUCAGAGUCUCUCUUCUUCCAAUGAUUUUGCUUGCUGUUUAUAAUGUGCUUUCUACA